AUGUUCGACACAGUGUACGACUCAGUCUUUCCCGUUGUGAAGGAGAAGUAUCCGGACAAGGUACAAUUCAUCUUUCCAGACUGCAAGCUUAGACCUCUUCAUAUUCAACCAUGGCAUCCUUCGAGUACUCUUGUCCACGAAGCCGGCGCUGCAGUCCUCCGGGUGAGCCCCGAAAAGUUCUGGCCAUUCAGCAAAGCUCUUUUCGAUCAGCAGAAAGACUAUUUCGACGUCAAUGUCGUCAAUGAGACUCGCAACAAGACUUAUGAGCGUCUGGCCAAGCUUGCGGGUGGCGUGGGUGUCGACGAGAAGAAGAUUUACAUCUUACUGAAGGUCUCCGAUGAGCCUGGAAAGGGCGGCGAGCUCAAUACUGGGAAUCAAGUCACGGACGAUGUGAAGCUUAUGGUCAAGGCUAAUCGGCUGACUGGUGUUCAUGUUACACCUACUGUGCUGUUCAAUGGCGUGGUCGAAGGCGGUAUUGCAAGCAGCUUCUCGAAGGAGGACUGGGAGCAAUGGCUGGAGAAGAAUGUCGCAUGA